CAUGGGUCUCAUCGAGAAGCCUAGCGAUCCGCAUGGGUUGACACUCGAGGCAUGGGCUCAGCCUGAUGACCAUGGCGUGUAUUACAAUCGCAAACAUGCGAAAGAGAGUCGUCCUCCAUCAUCUCAUCCUCAUAGAGGAACGUUCAUCUUUCCUGACCCGCCAUACUACGGGUGGUAUGAAUCUGUAGGGGCUCUAUUCCUCAACAUCAGUUGGAGUUUACACAAUGUCAUCUCAUGGAUGAAGAACAAGCCUNUUUUGAGUCGGAAAAUGUCCAUGAUCUAUAUUGGCACCGUUAUCAUGGUGCAGCCUUAUUGGGUUGCAGAAAUCACUGCAAACUUCCUCUACUUCAACAACAUCAAUCACAAGGUCUUUGAACACCUCCGGCCCUUCGAGGCCUUGUUCAGAGAUCCAUGGUGGAUAUUCACAAUCCUCAACCUCGUUUACAACAUCAAGAAAAGAUACGAUUUCGGCUUCGUUGAGCUCGUCCGCAUCUCUCCUCGCUUCGGUGUCCUUCUCGUGGUGAUGACCCUGUCGGUCAUGUUCCUAUUUGUCGAUAUCCUAAGCGUUACCCACGUCAUCCCUAGCAAAGGGUUGCCUGACGGCAUCAACCCGUUUUGGAAACUAUCCUUCAUCUUCAAAUGCAUGACAGACACCGUCAUCCUCGACGACUUCAAGACAGCCCUGGACAAAAUGAAGGACUACCGACUCAGGAGGGUCACGAGCUACGUGGAUACAUAUGACAACGCCGAAAGAGGAUCUACAGAACCCAUCACCGUUCGCACAACCGUCACACAGCAUGAACACUACGAGAACAGGAUGAACUUUGACGACAGCAGUAUGGUUGGAAAAGACUGGGCGACUCAUUCUCAUAUUGAACAAGUUGAGCUCGAGGAAGUCACGCCGCCGCCAACGGUUCGGACACAGAUCGGU